AUCUUCGAUCUUCGUUUUUGCCUGAAGUUGAGCUGGGGUUUUUUGUUUGUUUGUUUGUUUGCCUUUUUUUUUGGAAAGGUGCGAGUAGGUGAGGGGAGGCCACUGCUCCAUUCAAGGUGAAGUGUGUCUCUCCUGGCCCCCCAACUCUCCAUGCGCUCUUGUCUGCCCCCCUCUCAGAGUAACCCUAUCAUUUUUGAGCGCUGGACCACGCGUGCUCUCGAUGUGCCUGUAGCCCGGCUGAUCUCUGUCCAUGUGUCCCUGCCUCUUGAUUUUGUCAUUUUUUCACCUCAUUCAUUCUCCCCACCCAUCCAUCCCUGGGUCUGUGUGUCACUGUCUCCGCAUGUGACUUCCUAUCCGAGUGAUCCUCUUGCUGUGUGUCCCUGUCACUGUCAUGCCUUGGCUCCCUGACUUGUCUGUCUAGGACCAUCUAGGACUCCAUGCCCUCUCUUUUGGGGUCCUUAUGAUAUCGCUGGCCUUCUCAGGCUACUUUUUUCAUGCUUAUGGUUGUGGUAGUCACUGGUCAGGGGCCUGCAAAGAGUCUGAGGGAUGGAGCAGAUGUAUUUCUCCCAAGGACUCAGGUACCCUUUCAGCACAGCCAAGACCGACUCCUCUUCCACCUUCACCCGGGAAGCUUUGGAACUUCUAGCAUUGUUGACUGUCUCCUUUGCCAUGUGCCUGUCUCACCCACCAGGACCUUUGGUCUCCUGUGUGUCAUCUGCCUCUCCAGGAGCUUCCCACCGCAAACCUCUUCCUUGCUGACUUGAUUUCCUCCCUUCCCUCACUUGGCCAUUGUAUAUUUUUUCAUUUCCCCAUUUUGUUUCACCCCUUUUUUUGCAUUCCUAUCUCCCGUGGUCUCCCUUGCCUAUUCCUUACCUUUGUUCCCAUAACCUGCCCUCUGCCUACCUUUUCUCCUUGAUCACCCUAAUUCCCUCUUAUCCCUUAUCCUCUCACUGAGCAUUUUAACCUCAGCAGCAAAAGGUACCAGAGAGGAAGGGGCUGGGAGAGGUAGGGAGUAUGGUUUGUGAAGGCACAUAAACAGGCCAAGAAAUCAAUUUAAUGGGCUUCCAGGGGCAUAUAACCCCUUCAUCAGUCAGGGCCAUUAUGUCCAUUAACUGUCAACUUUGAUUUUGUAAGGGGGCAUUCUCUAGGACUCUGAACUCCACCCUGCUUGGUUGCCUCUCAUCCUUCAGGUCAUUCUAGAUAUCAGUGGCUUUUUCUUCACUUUCUAGUUCAUCUUCUUCCUGGCCCCCCUGUUAUUAUCAUAUUUGGAUUCAGCACGAUCCUUUAUGUGGCCGUUUUCAUUCAUAUGACAGAAGCUAUCUUGUGCAAGAGGCCAGGUUCAUUCAGCCUAAAGAAUGGGAAAGGUGGAUAAAGAGUCUGGGGAGUUUACCUUGUGUUAAGCCCAUCAUUGUUUUCCAGCCCUUGGAGCUUGCAAGGGUAAAAGGAGGAGGUAGAUAGGGGCAGAAGAUGGAAGAUUUCCGAGGUGAACAGUGUUCCAGAAAGGAAGGAGAGGCUGGGUGCAAUAAAUGUAUGGGGUAGAGAAAUGCAUGACGUGAGGGAUGUGCAAAAGGAAGGGAAGAAAAUCCAUGCGGAAUGGGGGCAGGGAAGGAACCGAGGGGUGAUUGGGAGAAUGAAAUAAAACAUGACUUGAUAGCGAUAGAGAAGAUGGAGAGAAAUGAUAGAGUAUUCCUCAAGAGGAGGUCAACAGAAAAGGCAAUAUGCAAUGAAUACAAUUGUAAAGUGGGGGAAGGGAGGAACUGAAGAAUAAUAUGAGGUGGAAAAAGAGUAUGGUACAAAGAAGGUAAAUGGAAGGCAAGCGGAGGAGUGCUGAAGCAGAUCAGAGCUGCACAGAGCUUGGUAGGGGGAAAAAAGGAGAGGAUGAGGUAUCAAAGGAAACAAAUGCCUCUGGUGUGAGGGGGACACAGCGUGACCGGUGCAAAGAGAGCGCCGCAGGAGGAGUGAUUUGGAAAAAGGCAUAGCAGAAAUACCAUUGGGUGAAGCCCCACAAGAGAGAGAUGCCAAAGGAGAGGCAGAGAACCCUCAGAGAUACUGGUGAAGAGAGACAGAAAGAGAAGCUUCUGAGCAUUCAUUCCAUUGGGCACAUCCCUCACUACCCCACCAGAGGCCUUUGCAUUUCAUUCCCAAGCCAGGGGGACCCAAGCAAAGAGAUGAAAAAAGUAGAAAUCCCAUUUACUUUACCUGACAGGAACUUGAAUCUUUCUAGCCCCCUGAGAACCAAAGAUCUCAAGCCUCUGAUGUCAUAAAUUGCUGGUGUUGCCUUGGCAACCUGACAGGGUUCCUCCCUCCAUGAUGUCAGAGCAGCUGGUGUUACCUUGAAACACAUAGAGGAAGAACUUGCUGCUUUGCUGGAGCUGUACACGUAUGGGGCCGGGGCCCGAGUCUGAUGUGUAGGAUUCCUGGGUCUUAGCUCAGAGGUACUUGCCGUCACGCUGAAAUGAACCCCCGGCACUCCUCCGUCUGCCAUGGCCACCCUUAACUCAUCCUCUACCACUGGCACCACCCCCACCCCUGGACACAAUGCCCCGUCUCCGCCUCCGGACACCUCCCCCCCUGGCACCCCCGCUGAUCCUGUCACCAAAGAUCCCCCUGCUGCCCCCUCCACCUCUGAGAGCAUGAGGCCCUCAGAGCCAGGAGGACAGGCCCUGGAGUCGGGCUGUGGCCUCGUCCCACCAAAGGAGACUGGGGAGCCCCGAGAAGAGGCUGGCUGUGGUGGCUUCUCACCAAAGGACCUAGGAGUGCAAGAGGACAAGGAGCAGGAGGAGGAAGGAGGAGGGCUCCCUCCCGUGGACCUAAGCAACCAUUUAUUCUUCACAGCUGGUGGUGAGGCCUACCUAGUAGCCAAGCUGUCCCUGUCAGGUGGCAGUGAACUCCUGUUACCAAAGGGCUUCCCCUGGGGCGAGGUGGGAAUCAAGGAGGAGCCCAGCUUGCCCCUCCUUGCCCACCUACCCUCUGCACACCUCACUGCCCUUCACAUCCAACAUGGCUUUGACCCAAUCCAAGGCUUUAGCUCUUCUGACCAAAUUCUGUCCCAUGAUACCUCAGCGCCAUCUCCGGCCACCUGUGAGGGAAGGGAUGGAGCCUUCUGGAGCUACCAGCUGGCUCCAAACCCACCCGGAGAUCCCAAAGAUGGCCCUAUGGGGAGCAGGGGAGGAGACCACAGGGCACUCUUCUGGCUCUGCCUCCUGUGCCGCCUGGGUUUCAGCAGGGCCCAGGCCUUUAUGGGUCACACACAGUCUCAUGGGGUGAAGCUAACCCCUGCUCAACAUCUGGGCCUGCCCAGUAAUGCAGCUGUGCUUCAGGUGGGAGAUGAGGGCCGCAUGGCCCUCCUAAGCUUUCUGGAACCAAAACCACCUGCUCGCCCCCCUUUAGAAAUGCCCCUUGAUAAUAGCAGCAUGGUGAACACAGAGGCCAAUGUAGCCCAGACUGAGGAUGGUCCCCCUGAGGCAGAAGCUCCUGUCCUGCCUGCGGAAGAAGUCAGGGCACUUAGCCCACCCUCCCCCGCAACAACUCCCGCCACCUGGGACCCCAGCCCAACCCAAGCCAAAGAAUCGCCAAUGGCAGCUGGCGAGGCAGGGCCAGAUUGGUUCCCGGAGGGGCAAGAAGAGGAGGGAGGGCUCUGCCCCCCACUGAACCAAAGCUCACCUGCCUCUAAGGAGGGGGGCACUCUCUCUGCCCCAGUCGGCUCCCCUGAAGACCCCAGCGACCCACCCCAGCCCUACCGCCUAGCUGAAGACUACACCCCAGCCCCUGCGGCCUUCCAGGGCCUCAGCCUGUCCAGCCACAUGUCUCUGUUACACUCUCGCAACUCCUGCAAGACGCUCAAGUGUCCCAAGUGCAACUGGCACUACAAGUACCAGCAGACCCUGGACGUACACAUGCGGGAAAAGCACCCUGAGAGCAAUAGCCACUGCAGCUACUGCAGCGCCGGGGGCGCCCACCCCCGCCUCGCCCGUGGAGAGAGCUACAACUGUGGCUACAAGCCCUACCGCUGCGAUGUCUGCAACUACUCCACCACCACCAAGGGCAACCUCAGCAUCCACAUGCAGUCUGACAAGCACCUGGCCAACCUGCAGGGCUUCCAGGCAGGCCCCGGUGGGCAGGGCAGCCCCCCGGAGGCGCCACUCCCAUCCUCUGCCGGGGACAAGGAGCCCAAGACCAAAUCAUCCUGGCAGUGCAAGGUGUGCAGCUACGAGACCAACAUCUCCCGCAACCUGCGCAUCCACAUGACCUCUGAGAAGCACAUGCAGAAUGUCCUCAUGCUGCACCAGGGGCUGCCGCUGGGCCUGCCGCCUGGACUGGUAGGGCCGGGGCCCCCUCCCCCGGCAGGAGCUGCCCCUGCCACCCCCCCUGAGCUCUUCCAGUACUUCGGACCGCAGGCCCUGGGGCAGCCUCAGGCUCCCUUGCCUGGCCCUGGGCUGAGGCCAGACAAGCCCCUGGAAGCCCAGCUGCUUCUCAACGGCUUCCACCACCUCGGAGCGCCUGCUCGCAAGUUCCCCCCACCAGCCCCUGGCAGCCUCUCCCCGGACACCCACCUGCCUCCAAGUCAGCUCCUGGGCUCCUUGUCUGACAGCCUGCCCACCUCACCACCCCCAGAUGACAGCCCAUCCCUGAAGGUGUUCCGCUGCCUAGUGUGCCAGGCCUUCAGCACAGACAACCUGGAGCUGCUGCUCUACCACUGCAGCGUGGGCCGAAGCCUCCCGGAGGCUGAAUGGAAGGAGGUGGCCGGUGACACCCACCGCUGCAAGCUCUGCUGCUAUGGCACUCAGCUCAAGGCCAACUUUCAACUCCACCUCAAGACUGACAAACAUGCUCAAAAGUACCAGCUGGCAGCCCACCUGAGGGAGGGGGGUGGGGCCGUGGGCACCCCCUCCCCAGUGCCCCUGGGAGAUGGGGCUCCUUAUGGCUCCGUUCCCCCCUUGCACCUGCGCUGCAACAUCUGUGACUUUGAGUCCAACAGCAAGGAGAAGAUGCAGCUACAUGCCCGGGGCGCAGCCCAUGAAGAAAAUAGCCAGAUCUAUAAGUUUUUGCUGGAGAUGGAGGGGGCCGCGGCAGGGGCUGAGCUGGGGCUGUUCCGCUGCCUGCUGUGUGCAUGGGAGACCCCCUCCCGCCUGGCUGUGCUGCAGCACCUACGUGCACCAGCCCACCGCGACGCCCAGGCCCAGCGGCGUCUGCAGCUGCUGCAGAGUGGCCCCGCAGCCGAGGAAGGGCUCUCGGCUCUUCAGAGCAUCCUGAGCUUCAGCCAUGGGCAGCUCCGGACUCCCGGGAAGCCUCCUGUCACCCCCUUAGCUGAGCUGCCCACCCCUGAAAAAGACGCUCAGAACAAGACAGAGCAAUUGGCUUCUGAAGAGGUCGAGAACAAGUCUGGCUCUCGAGGAGACAGUGCCAACCAGACCACGGUCAGAACUGGGGUAUUCUGCUGUCCAUACUGCAGCUUCCUGAACCCUGAGCCCGAACAGGUGAGGGCUCACACCCUCUCCCAGCAUGCAGUGCAGCCCAAGUACAGGUGUCCGCUGUGCCAGGAGCAGCUGGUGGGCCGACCUGCCUUGCACUUCCACCUUAGCCACCUUCACAAUGUGGUGCCCGAGUGCGUUGAGAAGCUGCUGCUUGUGGCAACAACUGUAGAGAUGACCUUUACGACCAAAGUGCUGCCUGGGCCCACUCUAUGCCCACUGGGGGAUGCCCCAGAGCCCCCUGCUCCGGGGCCAGAGCCUGAACCCAGCAGAGAACAAGGAGCAGAAGGCCCUCAGCUGACCCCAGAAGCCAGUCCUGAUCCUCUUCCUGAGCCUCCCCCACCCUUAGCUGAGGCCCCAGACAAGCCCCCAGGAAGCCCUGAUCAACCCCCUUCUCCAGCCCCAUCGCCAGCCUCUCGGCCUGAUGUCCUGGCGGAAGAAUUGGCCCCUCCACCCACCAUGGCUGAGGAGGAAGAGGGACGUGUGGGGGAGCCCCGCCCUGCAGAGCCAGCUCCAUCUGACUCUCGCCACCCUCUGACCUAUCGGAAGACCACCAACUUUGCCCUGGACAAGUUUCUUGACCCUGCCAGGCCCUAUAAGUGCACUGUGUGUAAGGAGUCCUUCACACAGAAGAAUAUCCUUCUGGUCCAUUACAACUCUGUCUCCCACCUGCACAAGAUGAAGAAGGCUGCCAUUGACCCGUCCGGCCCUGCCCGAGGAGAGGCAGGUGCUGCGCCUCCCACUGCUGCUGCCACAGACAAGCCCUUUAAGUGCACUGUCUGCCGAGUCUCCUACAACCAGAGCUCCACCCUAGAGAUCCAUAUGCGCUCAGUUCUGCACCAGACUCGCUCUCGGGGGACCAAGACUGACGCCAAGGCCGAGGGGCCAGAGCGUGGCCAAGAAGAGCCCAAGGAGGGUGAGACUGAGGGGGAGACUGGCACAGAGAAGAAGGGCCCUGACCCUGGUGGCUUCGUAUCUGGGUUGCCCUUCCUGUCGCCUCCCCCACCCCCCUUGGACCUACACCGAUUCCCAGCACCCCUCUUCACCCCACCAGUCUUGCCCCCCUUCCCUCUGGUGCCGGAAUCAUUGCUUAAGCUCCAGCAGCAACAGCUGCUCCUGCCCUUCUACCUCCAUGACCUCAAGGUGGGGCCCAAGCUGGCAUUGGCUGGGCCCGCACCCCUGCUGUCUCUGCCAGCUGCCACUCCUCCUCCCCCGCCCUCUAAGGCUGAGCUGGCUGAGCGGGAGUGGGAGCGGCCCCCCAUGGUGGAAGAGGGGAAUGAGGCAGGGCCCGCCUCGCCCCCCAACUCCACGCCCAAUGAAGCAGCCCGCACUGCAGCCAAAGCCCUUCUAGAAAACUUUGGCUUUGAGCUGGUGAUCCAGUACAACGAGGGGAAGCAGGCUGUGCCCCCUCCCCCGACCCCACCCCCACCAGAGGCCCUGGGGGGUGGAGAGAAGCUGGCCUGUGGGGCCUGUGGGAAACUCUUCUCCAAUAUGCUUAUCCUCAAGACACAUGAGGAGCAUGUCCACCGCCGAUUUCUGCCCUUUGAGGCCCUGAGCCGUUAUGCUGCUCAGUUUCGAAAGAGCUACGAUAGCCUAUACCCACCCCCUGCAGAGCCCCCCAAACCUCCUGAUGGGUCCCUGGAUUCACCAGCUCCCCAACUGGGCCCUCCCUUCCUGGUCCCAGAGUCUGAGGCAGGGGGGGCCCGUCCCUCUGAGGAGCGAAGCCGGGCAGGAGGACGCUGGCCACCAGAGGAGGAAGAAAGCUCCAGAGGGAAUCUGCCUCCCCUACUGCCUGCAGGCCGCCGGUUCUCCAGAACCAAGUUCACAGAGUUCCAGACCCAAGCCCUGCAGUCUUUCUUCGAGACCAGUGCCUACCCCAAGGACGGAGAAGUGGAGCGGCUUGCAAGUCUCUUGGGCCUGGCUACCCGUGUGGUGGUAGUGUGGUUCCAGAAUGCCCGCCAGAAAGCACGCAAAAAUGCCAUCGAGGGGGGGCCUGUGCCGACCGGAGGGGGCAGCGGGGGAGCCUCUGGCUGCAGGCGCUGCCAUGCCACCUUCUCUUGUGUUUUUGAGUUGGUGCGGCACCUCAAGAAAUGCUAUGAUGACCAGCCCCCUGAAGAGGAGGAGGAAGAGGCAGAGAGGGGGGAAGAAGAAGAAGAGGUAGAGGAGGAGGAUGCAGAGGAGGAACAGAGCCUGGAACCCCCCGCACGCCCCGGGGGCCCAUCACCUGAACCUGCAGACAGGGAAGAGCUGAGCCAAGCAGAGGCAACAAACCCAGGAGGCAAAGAGCCUGAAGGGAGGGCCCCUCCCUCGCCUUCCCCAGUCCACGCUUGUGACCAGUGCACCAUGUCUUUCCCCAGCCAAGACCUCCUGACCAGUCACCGCCGGCUACACUUCAUGCCAUCCCUGCAGCCCGGUGCUGCACCCCACCUCCUAGAUCUGCCAUUGCUGGUGUUUGGGGAGCGAAGCCCCCUGGUGGCAGGUGCUCCACAGGCCCCAGGGCCACUGCUGAAACGGAAGCAUGAGGAGGGCAGCCUGUCCCCAACGGGCAGUGAGGCAGGGGGUGGAGGGGAGGGCGAGCCCCCCAGGGACAAGCGCCUACGUACCACCAUCCUGCCCGAGCAGCUGGAGAUCCUGUACCGUUGGUACAUGCAAGACUCUAACCCAACGCGCAAGAUGCUCGACUGCAUCUCCGAGGAGGUGGGACUCAAAAAGCGGGUGGUGCAGGUCUGGUUCCAGAACACCAGGGCCCGGGAGAGGAAAGGCCAGUUUCGAAGCACCCCGGGUGGGGUGCCCAAUCCAGCAGUCAAGCCCCCCAUCACUCCUGCCCCUGCAGCCUUCCCCAAGUUCAACCUCUUGUUGGGCAAGGUAGAUGAUGGAUCUGGGAGGGAAGCCCCAAAGCGGGAAGCACCUGCUUUUCCCUACCCACCAGUUACUCCUGCUGCCGGGCCCCUGGCUUUCCUACCACCUGGGAAGGAGGCCACCACCCCAACACCAGAGCCACCUCUACCUCUCCCACCUCCCCCUCCACCCAGUGAGGAAGAGGCUACAGAGGAACCUUCUAAAGCUUCACCAGAGAGCGAGGCUUGCAGUCCAUCUGCAGGGGAUCUCAGCGAUUCGUCUGCUUCCAGUCUGGCCGAACCAGAGUCUCCUGGGGCUGGGGGAAGCAGUGGAGGGACAGGAAGUGGGGUCGGGGUUCCAGAUGGAAUGGGGCAGCGGCGCUACAGGACCCAGAUGAGCAGCCUGCAGUUGAAGAUCAUGAAAGCCUGUUAUGAAGCCUACCGUACCCCAACCAUGCAGGAGUGCGAGGUGCUGGGGGAGGAGAUUGGGCUGCCCAAGAGAGUCAUCCAGGUCUGGUUCCAGAAUGCUCGUGCCAAGGAAAAGAAGGCCAAACUGCAGGGGGCAGCAGUUGGUGGGGCUGGGGGCAACGGUGAGGGCCCCUUGGGAGCCCAGCGCACCGACUGCCCCUACUGUGACAUCAAGUAUGAUUUCUAUGUCUCCUGCCGAGGCCAUCUCUUUUCCCGCCAGCACCUGGCCAAGCUCAAAGAGGCAGUCCGAGCCCAGCUGAAGAGUGAAAGCAAGUGCUACGAGUUGGCCCCAGCACCUGAGGCGCCCCCAGCUCCCAAGGCCCCACCGGCCACCACACCUGCCUCUGUGCCCCUUGGAGCUGGCCCGGCCCUGCCUCGCCUGGCCCCGGUCCUCUUGUCUGGUCCAGCUCUGGCCCAACCCCCGCUGGGCAGCCUAGCUCCUUUCAAUUCAGGCCCUGCAGCCUCCUCGGGCCUCCUGGGCCUCGCCACUUCAGUCCUGCCUGCUACCACAGUGGUCCAGACUGCUGGCCCAGGCUGCCCCUUACCUCAGAGACCUGUGCCCGAACAAACUAACAACUCCACAGCAGGCACCACUGACCCUGCCCCAGGCCCCCCUACUGAGCCCUCCGGGGACAAGGUCUCUGGUGAGCGCAAGCCAGUUGCAGCGCCCACCAACUCCUCCACUGACGCCCUCAAGAACCUCAAAGCACUGAAGGCUACAGUCCCAGCCCUGUUGGGGGGCCAAUUUCUGCCCUUCCCAUUGCCCCCCGCAGGGGGGGCAACACCACCAGCUGUCUUUGGCCCCCAGUUACAGGGGGCCUACUUCCAACAGCUCUAUGGGAUGAAGAAGGGGCUAUUUCCCAUGAACCCCGUGAUACCUCAGACCCUCAUCGGACUGCUCCCCAACGCCCUCCUCCAGCCACCACCCCAGCCCCCUGAGCCCACAGCCACAGCACCUCCAAAGCCGCCCGAACUGCCUGCUCCAGGGGAGGGGGAGGCCGGGGAGGCGGAUGAGCUGCUGUCAGGCAGUACCGGCAUCUCCACCGUGGAUGUGACCCACCGCUAUCUGUGCCGCCAGUGCAAGAUGGCAUUUGAUGGGGAGGCCCCGGCCACGGCUCAUCAGAGAUCCUUCUGCUUCUUUGGGCGGGGCUCAGGGGGUUCUGUGCCCCCCCCGCUGCGGGUGCCCAUCUGCACCUACCAUUGCCUGGCAUGUGAGGUGCUGCUGAGUGGGCACGAAGCCCUGGCCUCCCACCUGCGCUCCUCGGCCCACAGGCGCAAGGCGGCCCCACCCCCAGGGGGCCCACCCAUCACCGUCACCAACGCCGCCACUGCCGCCACGGCUGCCGUGGCUUUUGCCAAAGAGGAAGCAAGAUUACCUCACACGGACUCCAACCCAAAAACUACUACUACCUCUACACUUCUAGCUUUAUAAACAGAUAAACCAAGAUGGGGGGAGAGGGGAAGGCCUCAGGGCUCCCUCCCUUACUCCAAGGGGUGUUCGGUGGGAGCUCAAAUCCCUCACCCCAACCCUCAGCUCCGCCCACCUCACAGGAAUAUUUAAAUUCCCACCCUCAGUGGGCUUCACACACCCCACCUCCAGCAGAGUCCUGCCUCCUCCCCUGCCCCCAGACACACACUGAUCCUCUGCGGCUCAUUGCCCCAUCUUCACAGACACCCACUUUGUCCUCCUGAUGGUCCACUCAUCUCUGCCCUGCCCGCCACACACAAGAUCUAUCCUUGAGUCCAUCUUCCUACAACCUUUUCCCCACUGAAUUCCCAGUCACCCCAACAAAACACAGUCAACCCCCGCGAACACACAAGUACAUGUUAUCCCAUGCUGUUCUGACUGAGAAAACACCAAAAAAAAAAAAAAAAAAAAAGGAAGAAAAUAAAAAAGAAAACCCAAGGCAAAGAAGGGGUAAGGAAAACAAACAUUGCUACUCCCCCUUCUCCUUACCCCCUUGUCUAGAGCGUCACACAGCUCACAAACUUUCCAAAUACCCAGUUGGCUCCCAAGGUUGGAGCCUGGGACGGGCAGGGAGCCCACAAAACUCGAACCAAACUGGAGGCCGGCAGGGGGAGAAGUGCUUGCAGCUCACUCUCCCCACACCCCUCCCUCCUAACCCUCUCCUCGCCUGACAGGGGAGCCCCUGCGGCCUGGACUCUAGGGGAAGCCGCCGCCAGGAACCCCUCUGCCAGCCCCCACCCUGCACCCUGGGAACUGCAGUAGCAUAUUCUCAAAGGCUUUAAACACAGAGAUCCUCUCAGCAGCCGUGGGCCUGCCCCUUGUCCCAUCCCUGCCACGUGGGGGUCCAGCCUCCGGGACCGGCGCUGCCCACCAACGGCAAAUCCAAAGUUCUUUUAUUUAAAAAAAAAAAAAAAAAACAAAAAACUGAAACACAGACACGACCAAAAAAAAAAAAAAAACAGCGAGAGAGACCACGCGCGCACAUGUGCACGGGAGAGAGAUGGAGACAGAGGAAUGAACUAAAGUAAAACACAAACUUGGAAAAUACAGAAAAAAAAAAAAACUGAAAAGUCUCCCAUCAAACAAGUGUUUUUUUCCUGUUUGUGUUACCUUCCCCUCCAUGUUGAGGGUUUCUUUAAACCACUGGUCUUUGGAAGAUCUAAUGGCUUUAAGUCCUUGUGUGGGUUUGGUGAUCCUCAAGAUGGAAAGCCAUGCAGCCUGGCCUUGGUCAUGCCCAGCCUCAGGUGGGGGCUGGUAAUGGGGAGACGGGCUCAGACACGGGGGAGACCUACCCUUGCCCCUGAACUGAGUAUUUAUCAGGACAGGUAACAUCCCCUCAUUCCUAGCUGCUAGUUAGAAAAGUCAGUACCACCAGAUGUAUCCCGGAAGAAAGGGGAUAUUCCAAGGAAGAAAGGGGUGGACAGGGCAGUUGGGUAAGCCUCUCUUUUGUGCAGCUAACCACCACUUCCUUUUGCUUCUUUCACAAAACCCUUCUAUCUCCCUUCCCAUUUCUGGUCACUUCUUGGACUCCUUGCCUUUGUGGGGUCCCUUGCUCUCCAUAUGUGUUCUUCCCUCAUCCUCUGCCCUUGCCUUUUUUCCCACCAGCAAGCAGCAGCUGCUGGAGGUGCCACCAAAGGAGUCAGGCUGUCCAGGAGGCCCACACGGCUCUGGAGCUCAUGACAGAUGAGGGGGUGGGUGGGCAAGGAGGUGACUGAAGCACAAGGUGAAGAAUGUCUGAUAGGGUGCUGUCACCAAGGGGACCAACGAAAGAGGAAUGAGCUAGAAGAGAGUCCCCCACCUCUAACCUCAUUGUUCCUGCCAGGAUCAGGUGGUAACUGGCCACCCCAAAGCCCAGCUAAAUUGGCACAGGGUAGAAAAGCAGGUGCUUUAUUUCAACAAAGAAAAGCUUGCAAAAGCUCCUAGUCCUCCAGGUAAUUUCUGCUACUCCCCUUGCCCCAGACUUCCCCUCUCAAGGGAGUCUCUUUGCAAACUUUCUCCCUUCAGGCUUCUUCCACUACCAUCAUCCAUUUAAUAUGCAGACACACAAAUUCAGUCAGCCCUAGGAUUUUGACUUCCUGGCCCGUCACUCCACCCUGUGAACUGGUUAAUACCAAAGCGGUGGCUUAUGUGCCCAGAAGAUGGGAGGGGAGAGUGGGGGAGGGAAAAGUCAGCUGAGUCCCUAGUGCCCACAGGUUCUGCGAAUCGCACUUCUGGUCCAUUUCUAAAAUUAAAAGCUCCUACUCUAGCCAACUGGGGUGGGGCAGAGCCAAUCAUUCUGAUGAUGUCAGGUAUAAAUGCAGGCCCUACUGUGGUCUCAAUCUUGCUGCCAACCUUCCCACCACUCAGCAUCUCUUUUACACCCCGCCCUCCCUCCUUCCCUAUCCUUUACUUUCUCCUGUUGAGAUUCUGUGUAUAAAACUACUUUCUUAGCAACAUGUGUGAGAAAAGAAGCUUUUUCACUGUGUGCUUUCAGGGAAUAUGACUUGUGUAUAAAAGUUGAAAACCAAAAAAAAAAAAAAAAAAAAAAAAAAAAGAUAAACAUUUUAAAGAAAA